AUGCGCCAAAUAACCCACUACCCUUUCAAACCUGCACGCAAGCCUCAAGGUAUCAUUGUGAAAACAUGCGCCUUCGUCAAUUCCUCAUUGCCGAGUGCAAAAUUAUCACUAGCCGUUAAAAAUUGCAUUGGUCCUACCAAACACGUAGACGAAGCUGUUCAUCUCUCGACUAUUCAAUGA